AAACUAACGAAACAGGCACGUGCACGGAGUCAAAGUAUGUGUGCAUAUUUUGGAAAGAAAAUUGUCAGUGGCGAAAUGAUCUGCGUUUGAUUACAUUUUGUUGUAACUACAAACCAUGAAAACAGAGCCUGAGGCCGAAGAAUCGGACUGCUGCAGCUAGCGUGCUAGCUAACUGGCUGUAAAAUCGAAAAGGACUGGUGCUGCAGUGGCAUACUGCAUUUCCUGAAACAACCCUUAAAGAAGUCUAAAAGGGCAUUGUGAGAGAAGACUCUGUAUGAUGUUUCAAGAGGAAGACGCGCAUCAUCGGGCUGGUAAAGACGAGGAGGAAGGUGGAAUGAACGUUGGAGGAAGAACGCAAGGAGAGAUUGGAGAACCCCCUGUGGGAGAUGUCCCACCAGCAGCUGUUGUCACAACACUCUCUGAGUACCUGCCCCACAGUAAAAAUCAGACUCCCAAAAAAAGGGGUAGACCCAAAAAGAUUUUGCUGCUGAAAGAGGUGAACCAGAGGGCAAAAGAUGUUUCAGAAAGGGGAGUAUUGCUUGCUGAUUCUGGUACAUUCAAAGCACCUUGCCAGCAACCGAGCACAAAUUUAGACACAGCCUUUGAGAAUGGUCCUAAAGGGUUAAGUAAUCAAGAACAAGGAAUUGCAUUAUCUACUAAGAAAUGUAGUAACAUGUUUAUGAAUACCUUAGCUGAUGAGCAACAGGUAACACCCACGAGUAGUGGACCCGUACCGACCGUUCAAGAUGACUUUCCUCCCUUUUCAGUUAGAAGGCACAGUAUGACAAAGUCAAACACUGAAACUCGGUCGAAGCAGGAUGCUACAGAGAGAAUGUGCAGAAAGCCUGAUAGAUACCCGGGAGGAGGGGAGGGGCGGAAUGUAGUUGCACACACGCCCUGGAUUAGCAAUCUCUCGGAAAAAGACAAAGUAACGGGUGAGAGUGAUGCUAGACUACAUGCCAGUGCCAGGCUGUUACAGAACUCUUGGGGGGAAAAAUGCCAGGGGCAAGGCAGAGAAAGGGGAAUAGCAAUUGAGCAGCAGGAAAAGAUUAUAAUGGCAGAAUCAGUGAUGCUGACAGAGACUCCGACAUGGACUUGUGAAGAAACCGAUAAAUUCAGAGACUGUCAUUCUUCAUCCGUUAUGCCUAAUGUAUCUCAAAGUGAUACGUUACAGUGUGCAGAGGAAGCAGUGAAAGGGCUGGUUGAUGCAGUAGUCCCACAUGAACCUAUGGUCAAACAUGGGCCAAAAGGUGGUCCACCAAAAAGAAGCAUGCUCUCAAAAAUGCAGGUUAGGCAAGCAGUAGGUGGUCCUAAGGAUCAUGGCAACUACUUUGAGGAGAAUAGUACAUGUGAAAAAAGGAACUCAAGUUUUUACCAAAGGAAAGGGAAACUUGGAGAAUGGAAGAUGAAAGAAAGUGAUAAAUCCUUUGAGAGUAUUCAAAUGGGCACUGCUGUAAACAAGGACUCAAGUAAAACCGAUGUAAGACUUGUAGACACUAAUGUGUGCCAGGUGCCCUCUGUAAGUUUUUCUAGCACAGGAUCUGACCCUGUAACUUGUCCUCAUGUAAAUCCAAAAAAGAAGGUUGGGCGGCCACAAAAGAAACAUGAAAAUAUUGAAACCGAGGGAACCAUCGGGAUUUUGGGAACUGACUGCAGUGUCUCUGUAAACGAAUCCGUGGAGACAUCUCUCAAGGACUUAAGUGACAAAAAGGCAUUGGAGAAAACUGACUGUGUUCAAAAAACGAAAAGAGGCAGAGGGAGAUAUGCUCGGAAGCCUGUCUGCAUAAUCCCACGUCAGGAACAAGUUGUGGGAAUGGUAAUUCAAAGCACAGCUGAGACUCGCACUCCGCCCAGGAAACGGGACCAGGAAGUAAUUGGAGGAAAACGGGUAACUGGUACAGAGUGUAAGGGGAGCACACUAUUGGAACUUAAAGCCACAGCUGUACCAACCCCAGUGAGACCUCUGCCACAUGUACAAAGGAAGCGAGGUUGCCGAAAGAAAAUCAUUUGCCUGAAUGAAAAGACUCCUAAUUCUUUUGAGCCCCAGAACUGUAGUGUUUCCCAGCAAGUUAUAUUGCCGCCAUCAAAAACUAAGAGUCAAAACAAAGGAAUGGCUGAAAUGUCCGCCACAUUCGGCAGUGUGAAGGCAACUGGUAAAGAGAAAAGUGCCGUGGUGAGGCAACGUGGCAAUGGAGGCAGUAUUGCUGUUAGUUGCAGGAACAGAGAGGCAGAAGUAAAAUUUAAACGUAAAAUUGGUCGGCCAUUCAAGAAAAAGACUCUAAUUAAAAUGGCAAAACAGUUAGAAUUACCGCAGUUAAGAACUGCGAAAGCCACUGACAUGUAUGAAGAGAAUCACCCAGAAAAUAUUCCUUAUCAAACUCACAAAUAUAGGCUAAAGCGGGAAAGAAAGACAGUGGAGUUGUAUUCACAAGUAUCACAAUUGAGAAGGUACAGUCGGGCAUGCAAAUUGAAUGCAAAUUACUCCGCUGAGAAGCAGGAACACCAUCCUGCUAGUAGCCGUAAACGCCUUUUGUCUUCUGUCUCCAAGAUCCCUAUUCCAAAUUUGGAUUCAGAAAAAACUUCAUCUUCAGCUGUUCUCUCUGUUACUAAGAAGGGUACAGUGACCACCAAAUCUGAAGGACGUGAUUCUCUUAAAGUGACUUGGAAAAAAGGAAAGCAUCUAAAGAACAAAAUGAAACGUAAAGUGAAUAUUAAAGUUGAAGAAAUUCAGCAACCAGUGUUGACUGCAUUAUCAAAGAUAAAAAAUCCCAGUGCCUUCCAGGAAAUUCUACCUAUGCUUUCAAAAGAGACCACAGCUGUGUCAGGGUCUGCCCGCUCAACUGAGAAGAAGCCGUUGACAAAUUGUAAAAUGCGAAGUAAAGCAAAACAAAUAAAUCAAUUGCAGUUCAGUGCAGAAAGUGGCCAGUCACUCCGCGCACAGUCUCUCUGUCAAAUUCACAAUGAUACUGCAGCAGCUAAAGUCGCAUUACCAGUGCUAAUCCAUAAAGCUGAGUUUGAAGAGAUUGGAGUGAUGUCCCAUAAAGGUACCCAUAAUGUAACAGUGAAGAAGAUUCAGGGAAAAGGUAGAAUGUCUCAGAAAAAAGUCACUGUCAAAUGUGAGCCAGGACUAGAUGCUGCUGUGAUUAAUGACUCGGAGUCUCACUCACCAUUCUUACCAUCUCAAAGGUUUAUUGAGUCCACUAAAUCUGGUGAUAAAGGACCACAAAUCCAUGGGAGACAACGUAAGAAUGAAGCAUUGGUUCCAACUGUGAAAUUUAGGGAAGAAGUGAAAAAAGAUGUGGCUUAUGAGUCAUUAACAGAUCAAAGUUAUCAUCCUUCCCAAGAAUGCCCCUUGCAAUCCCCUGGCAAGGUUAUGUCCUGUUUGAAAAUUUCUGCAAACAGUGAAAUGAAGAGACCACGGAAAGUGGACAGACGACGGAAAUGGUUUAGACAUCAGAAAGCUCAAGAACUUAAGGCAUUGUCCGAGGUAAAACCCACAGAACCAGUUGGACAAUUUACUUCGCAGAUUGAUAGCAGGGAGGAGGUGCUUAGUGUCACACAAAAACAUUUGAGUAAAAGAAAACUAGAAACUGGUGAUCAGCUUUUUAAUGAUUCUGAUCCCUUUACAAAAAGGCCUCGAAAGGCAGUUGGCUCAAGGAAGAGACGCAGGAGAAAAAGAUCCUGGUGGGAUGACAGGGGAAAGGGUAAGGGAGAAAUACCUGACGCCAUGCUUAAGCCGUCUUUGCCAUCCGUUGAAGGCAAAGCAGAAGUAGAAGUCGUUGUGAAAUCGGAUUUUGAUGUGAAAAUUACCGCUAAUCAGGAGUCAAAUACUUCAUAUCAGCAUAAGAUGCAAAACUCAAAUGAACUCCCCUCACAUACCCAAGUAGUGCCACAGAGAUCUGGGACAGACAGAAUUUCAGAGGUAGUCUAUUUUUCUGACCAAAUCAACCUGUCUACAAGUCACAAUACUGAAAAGUCUCAGAACAAUAUUUUUGCUGAUGAAACUGAAAAGAAGCCAUUUCACGAUAACAGUAUUUCAGAAAAUCAAAGAUUGGCGAGUGAUCCAGAAAAUCAAGAUGAUCAAACUUUGCCAAUUAAGAAUUUAGGACCACUGCCAGAACCAUGCAAAAUAACUGUUGACAUGGCAUCUGAUGAGCUUCAAGAAAAAGAAAGGUGGAACGAAACAAAUACUUCAACAUCUCCUGCUUUAAACGAUGAAGUGAACACGCUUGAGACUGAUAGUCUAGAACCAGAUCCACUUGUAAAAGCAGAGCUUACAAGACAAAAGUCGAGAUCCAGAAAUGAAGACGACCGACAGACGCAAAUUGUAACAACUGAAGAAAAUGCUUUGAGAGAUCACUCGGUCCUGCUGAAUCCCAAAGAGGUAGACCAAGUGGAAACCAAAGUUGAAAUGUUUGUGUCUUCAGAAUCAAAAACCUUAAAUCCAGCAAACCUGAGGUCCUCCAAAAUGCUUAGUGAGGAAGAUGGAUUAUGUGAUGUCUUUCUGAAUACCCCUGAUGUUGAGAAAGAACAGACAAUGUCUCUGCAGCAAAAGGUAUUGAUACAGGACCCUCCACUAGAUAAAAAAGGGUGGGAAAAGGAUGGCGUGGAACAAAGUGACCAAGAAGUGGAGGAAGGAUACGUUGAGGAAGACACUGUGGAGAGCAUGGAAGAAGAAGAAUUGCCUGUAACUAGUCAUUCUAAGGCUCGACGUCCAGGACGCCCAGCUAAGGACAAAGGGAAGAAGCCGAUAGAGUGCCAAUUCUGUGGCCGUCCUUUUCAUCACAUCUCGGCCUAUGUCAUUCACCGCCGUGUCCAUACAGGAGAGAGGCCCUACAGCUGCCAGGAGUGUGGAAAAACCUUUGCUCAACUCUCAAAUCUUAACACUCAUAGAAAAACGCACAAGGUCUCUGGCGAUCUCCAUGGACUGCUUUCCGAACAAGAGGAACUUCUUGACCAUUGCCAGAAGCAUGCCCCAGGACCAGAAAAGCGGGACCAUUUGACCAGGCAAGCGGGCAAUGAAGAAGGUGGGGAUAAGAAGCAAUAUCGUUCCUUUCCUUAUUCAAAAGAUGGGAAGCCCCAUAUAUGUUCUGUGUGUGGAAAGGGAUUUCGCUACACCUCUAUGCUGAAGAUCCACAUGCGUGUCCACAGUGGGGAAAAGCCUUACUCCUGCAAAGUUUGUGGCAAGUCCUUCAGCCAGGCAUGUAGUGUUAGUGUUCAUGAAAAAAUACACUGGUCAAUAAAGCCGUACGUUUGUAACUUUUGUGGAAAAGGAUUUUCUCAGCUCGGAACACUGAGAACUCAUUUUUACUCACACGUGGGAGUAUAUAAAGACGGUGGUAAGCAGUUAAGCAACAAGGUGACAUUCCAGUGCCGAGCCUGCAACAAGAGCUUUAGUAUUUGGCAUCAGUAUAACUUCCACCUAAAAUCACAUCUUGAUGUCCAAUUUUUUGCUUGUGAUAUCUGUGGUCGGCAAUAUAGGCAGAUGUGUGACCUCAGCUUCCACCGCCAAUCCUGCGGCAAGCAGAUUAUAGAGGAGACUGUACGUCAUACACUUGAAUCUGACACUUUGCAGGAAUCCAGAAAGCUAAAAGGUCAGCCAUUUCAACCGCAUGUGCUACAGUAUUCACAGCUCCAAAGCAACUAUCAGCAUCAGCGACAGGGCAAACAAGCAUUUUCUCCAAGUGAUCUAACAUCUCAGAGACCGCUUUACCAGUUACCUGAACGUAAAACCUUGAAACCUGAAUUGAUGAAUCCUCAACCACAAAGAGAUGCUUCCCAGCAGAGGAACCAUUCUUCAAGGAGUAAAUGCUGGCAGAUGCCUAACCCUGCCUAUUCUCAAAUGAUCAUAAAAUCCCCUCGUAAACGUCACCCUUCAAGGCACCCUCUCUCAACGUCAGUUCAUCUAGAUCGUAAAUUUGACCCAAGGAAGUAUUUGUGCCCACGCUGUGGUCGACUCUUUAGGCACUUAGGGAGGCUUAGAGCCCACAUGCUCACCCAUAUCCGUGGUCACAGCUAUACCUGUGGGCGCUGUGGAAAAACGCUGGAAAAUUGGAACAAGUUCUGGCUGCACCAACGUGUCCAUCGACAGAAACAAGGACGGUUCUUCUGUCCUAAGUGUGGUCAGGGCUUCCGCUUUGCUGGAAUGUACAAACAGCAUUUGCAGGAACACAAGGAGCUUACAGUUUUUGCUUGUUCCUCAUGUCCGCAAACAUUUUCCCAUCAAGAAGCUUUGAAGGCUCAUCGGAGAGACCAGCAUAAACCACAUAAGUGUAAUGUUUGCGGAAAACGUUUCCACCUUCAGGGAAACUUGCAGCGACACAACCUUGUACAUCGUCAUACCCACCCAGAAUGUUGUCCUCACUGCAGUCUGUUAUUCGCCAGUGUCACUUGCCUGCAGGACCACAUGAUGACUCAUAAAAGCCCAGCUGGCCCUCUCUUGGAUAUGUCAGCACAACAAAAUGUACUGCCAUACCAAUGUGGGGAAUGUGAAUCCAGUUUCAAAAACUUGGAUUUGCUCUUCCGCCAUCAGCUCUCCCACCCUCCCCCCAGGGACAGGAAGCCUUGGCGUAAUGGAGAGAUUGUUGGCCUGCAAAAGAAGAGUCCAUAUGUCUUUGCCCCACUGGAUGAUCCAAGUGUGUACCCUAGUUCCUCAUCUUCAGUUGCCCAGGUUUCUGCUCAUUACACUAAUCCAUCUUCCCACGAGGGUUCUGUGAUCAGCCAUACUUAUUCUCCUGAUCAUUUUCAGCUGGCAAGCAACAAGCCCAGUCACCCUAGCAAACUUCCAUCUCUGGAAAACAACGCACACCUACCUCAGACACUGUCACCCUCUGCAGCUGUGCCUUUUUCUGACUCUCAACCUCUCCCACAAUAUCCCCAGACAAGUACAUCCGUCCAGUCCCCGAGCCAUAACCAGGAUCAAACGUCUCACAAAUGUGAAAAACCAUUUCCCCAGAAGCCACUCCGUACCUAUGAGAAGUCCAAGAGAGGUGUCCCUAGUGCCCCUAGUGUCAAACCCCAUAAUGAAGAGGACUGUAGGGACAGUAUAGCAUGUGCUGAGUGUGGGGCACAGUUUAAUGUUGUUCCAGAAUUAUAUGAGCAUUACUUGCAGCAUGCCAGGGGAGAGCUAUAAGAAACUAUAAAAUACAGAAAUGUUUUGGAAAGACUAAAAGUUAAUUAAUUUACGUCUACUGUUUUGGACAAAGAACCUCUUACCCCCCCCUUGGUACAUGUAAAUAUUCCGUUAUUUUUAUUCAUGAUUGUCACAUGGGUAAGGGGAAUGAUUACACAAUACCUCAGUGGUAUAGACAAGACUUGCAAUACUGGCCUGUUAGGAUAUAUUUGUGAUUGGGGGGAAAGGAUAGUGCUGUGUGGCGAUUGCACACAUCCCAAAUAUUGCAGGUAUCUUGGUAUGCUUUUCUAAAAAUACGAGUUAUUUACUUAGAAAUCACCAAUCAUCAUUAAAUGUAUUCCUUGUGCUGCCUCUGGGCAUUAAAGUGUAAUGGUUUUGUAUUACCUUGACUGAGAUCUUUGAGUUAAUUUUCAGUACACCUUAAAAUGUCUCCAUUUGUAUUAUUUUUAUUCCCAUUAGUUUUUUUUUUCUUCCUAUUUCCUCUUGUAAAUCUACCACAAAGACAUUUCAGAUGGUAACACAUUAAAAUGGGUACUGUGAUGUCAUUUCAGUUGUUGAGCAUUGUUUAAACUGUGAAGUCAAAUGUAUGUCUUAAGAUUGAGUUGUGCAGCAUAUACACAUUGCAUCAUUUGUGCCCUAGGACAUUCUCACUGCAUCAAAUGGGCUUAUAAAAAUGUAUUGAGUGUCCCCAUGUCCUUGGAGAGGAGCGACAGAAAGUGUCUUUGUAAUAUUAUAUUACAUGGUGUUAUUUGUUUUACAGUGUUUACAGUUGAGACAAAACUGACUGCGCAUUGUCUUGCAAAAUGUUUUUUUUCGUUUGCUUGUGUCAGAGAACUUGGUUGCUGAUGUAAGUUAACGUAUAAUUAGUGUUUUUGCAAGAAGUUUGAGGUAGAUUACUGUAUUUUUUAUUUACUUUUUGUUUGUUCCACCUGAAGCAUAUAAUCAGGUGAGCCAAUGUGAUCUUUAAACAAAAAUGUUUUUCGUUUUAAAGUGGGAGCAUUGCAAAGUAGAAGUCCACACAACACCACACCAGUUUGUACAGUUUUAAAGAGGUUCCUUUUUUUAUCUCUUGUAAAUAUCUUGAAGAAAGUUGUUGACAAGGUUAACCAAAUAAAGCAAAGAGUUUUACUAA